AUGGUGUCGAGUUUGCGCCAGCGGUCGGUAUGGUGGAUGAUGCGCGCUGGAAGCAGAAUGUUGGGAUUGGAACAAGCUUGUGGAGCUGGCGGCUUUCUCGGUGAGGCCAAGCAAUUGUUCACGCGCAAAAGUGAUGACGGCGACGAACCAACAUCCUCAAAAGCCAUGCGCCGUGCGACACUGCUUUACGAUGGGCUCUGGCGCUGCCUGUGCCCUGCAUUCGAUGAACAUGCAUUGCCCAGGGCUCUCAAUGCUUCAUUAUUCGUAGCACCUACCCGGCCGUCCCCGAACCGCAACCGAUCCAUUCCCAGGGCCAGUCUCAUUCAACGCCGCCGGCAUGGAACCAGCGCAGUUGAUACCACAGACUCUUCCGCCGGGGUUGCGUCGCUCGACUCCUUCUUCAAGAUGGCGGAGAAGAAACUCAGUCCCAUCCAAGCGAAGAAGGACCCGCAUCAACUUCUCGGGCGACGGACGCCGACACUCGAAACAAUCCCUUCGGAGGAGAUCGUCAAAGCACUCGAGGUCCUACGAAAUGGGAACUACGACAUGAUGCCUGAUCCGCAUGCGCGAAUAGUCCAGUUCGUCAAGUUUCUCAUUGUGGAACGACAGUAUCCUCCAGAUGCCUUCAUCUACGAGUGCAUGAUGGAUGCGAUGACGGACCCUCAGGGCUCGGCCAUGGGAGUGCGCAAUUUGUUGCGCGACAUGGACGCUCAGGGUAUAAUGCCCACGGCAGCCAUCUGCUACAGCGCACUGGAAGCUCUGACUGUGCACCCCGACUACAUUCUGCGCCAGGAGGUCGUCGACAUCAUGAUCAAGUACUGGCACGAAAUCACCAUGUCAGCGAAGCAGAACAUUGCGAUCGGGAUGCUUCGGGAUGGCCAACAUGAGCUAGCGCUUGCCAAGCUCACUGAAUUGCAUGAAAGCGGUGAACAGAUCAAUCUCUGGGUCUACGAUAUCUUCAUUGUGGAGUUUGGCGGGAUGGGCUUCCUGGAUGAGAUGCUGCAGCUGCUGCGUCAGCGGAAAUACGCCAAGGGUACUGAUGACGCUUUCCGCACAUUGCUCCUUCAUGCUCUCGACCUUUUUAGCCAAGCAUAUCAUGAAGCUGGUACGAAAUUUGUAUGGAACUAUGUAGUGGCUCAGCCACUCUUGAACCCAUCCAAUGCAAUCAUUGAAAACGUCUUGGCCACGGCAGCGAGACAUGCCGAUACGACGCUGGCCUCGGAAGCCCUGGGUAUUCUCUCCAGCCGAGGCAGGGUGCCUGACCACCAAUACGAGGCUCUCAUGGAUGCGUUUGCGGCCGCAGAGGACAUGCCAGGCGCACUUGGUGUCCUGGCCAUCAUGGAGCGAAACGGUGCCAGUGUCCAGCGCGGCACGACCAGGGGGAUAUACCAAACAAUGAAAAACAACCCCUGGCUGAUCAAUGAGGCCAGGACUACCCUGGGAGAGAUGCGUAAGAACGACGUGAUUCCCUUGGAAGCUCUCGGAGUCACAAUCGAGGCCAUGGCCCACGUCCGUGGGUCAGAAGCUGCCAUGCCAUUGUACCACGAGACGUUUGCUCUCAGCGGUAAACGUCCGGGGUACGGAUUUUUGAAGGAGUUGAUCCUCAAUAGCACCAACCAAGAGACUCUAUGGGCGCUCGCGAAGGACUAUGGUGUCCUGGUGCCCAAGGACAGGCAGCUACAGGAGGAAGAUGUAAAGUUGUACGAUCGGAUGAUCCCUGCUUGUGCGCAAGCUGGAGAUUUUGAUCGAGCUUUUGAGUAUGCCGAGAGGGUGAUGGAGGCGGAGACGUCAGAGGUAGAGAAGUCCGAGGAAGAGAAGUCCGAGGAAGAGCACAAGACAGCAUGGCUGCUCCAUCCUUGGGUCCAACCUUUGGUUGAUCACGCCGUGGCAGCGAAGGAUGCUCGAGUGUGGCCAAUCGUGGACCGGAUGGCCAAGGCUACGGGUGACAAGGCCGAGAUGGUGCAGACGAUCCUUCAGCGGCACCGAAUGGACAGGCGAGCCGAGCUGUUGAAGGCCCAGAAAGACGGUCAAACGUUGUGA